CAGAAAACGCGAGUGGACGUCUUCAAGAGAUCGCGAAAAGUGACUAGUACUCGGAAAACACCGAAAGGCGCUGCUGUUCGAGGAACUAAAGGAUUAACUAACUGAAGCAUAGAAAUGGCUCUGGUGCCGGCAUCAAACACCACGAACGAUUGGGAUUACUGGGAUUACCGCCGUCGCUUGUGGCGCGACUGGGACUUGGCCGACUGGGAUCUGCCCUACUGGAAGCGAUCGCUGUCGCGAGUGGGAUCUGCCCCGGAUCUCAGCCGGGUGAUCGUCGGCAAGGACGGAUUCGAGGCCAAUGUGGACGUGCACCUGUUCAAGCCGUACGAGAUCACCGUGAAGACCACGGGCGACACGGUGGUGGUGGAGGCGAAGCACGAGAAGCGCCGCGAUGGAGACACCUUCGUGGGGCGCCACAUCGUGAAGCGGUUUGUCCUGCCACGCGGCUACUAUCCCAACGACGUGCGGUCGGAGCUGUCCUCGGACGGCAUCCUCACAGUCCGCUGUCCGCCGUACCUGACCAACGAGAGGAGCGUCUACGUCCGCCAAGUGGGUCCCUCGUAUCUAAGCAUCAAGAACUAACCCAGGAAUUAGGAUGAGAGCGUACUUCAGUGUUUUGUUUUUAGUUUCUUUUCUGUUGGAGCAAUUAUUCGAAAUACCAGAGACAUAAAAUUAAUGCACACGAUCAGACCUAGGUCUGAGUUAAUCGUAAGACUAGAAUUGGACUCUUUUUGUAAUUAACAAGCAACAUUUGUUUAGUUAAAUAAAAUAAAAGUUUAAUUUAUUAAUAAUUAA